UGGCGGUAGUGCACUGAGAUUGCAAGCCGCCAAUAAAAGUCACAGAAGAAGAAGAAGAGGAAGAAGAAGUUGUUGCAGCUAGCAGUCACAAACAGAAUGGAAAAGGUGAUCAGCUGUUUCCAGAGGAGGCCAGAUGCUGUUUCUAGGCUGAUUUGUUUUCCCUGGGCAGGUGGAGGUUCCACACACUACGCCCGCUGGGGCAAAGUCCUCUGCAGCUCAAUCGAAGUUUUUGCUGUCAAGCUUCCAGGCAGGGAGAGUCGAGCCAAAGAGCCAUUCUUUGAGGACAUGCAGCAGAUUGUGGAUGAGGUUAUUGGCGUGUUGUUACCAGUGCUGAAAGAGAAACCAUUUGCCCUUUUUGGCCACAGUUUUGGUGCCUUCACCAGUUUUGCUGUGGCAGAUGCUAUGAAGAUAAUCCAUAAGCUGGAACCAGUUCACAUGUUUCUGUCUGGUGCUUCUGCACCUUAUUCUGAGAUGCGCAUCAAAACCCCAAAGAGAAGCAUGUUAUCGGAUGAAGAUUUUCUGAAGUGGAUGAUUUCAGUAGGAGGCACACCACCUGAGCUGCUGGCCAAUCCUGACGUGCUGAAGCUUUUCCUUCCUGCCCUGAAGGCCGACCUGCAUGUUGUGGAGAACUACUGGUAUAACAAACCACAACGUCCAUUCCUUUCAUGCCCAAUCACAUGUUUUGAUGGAAAGGAUGACAUUCCUCAUGAUUUAGAAGCUUGGAAAGACAUCUCAUCAGGAGAUUUCACCAUCAGAAAGUUUGAUGGAUCUCAUUUCUACCUCAAGGAUUCUGAAAAUGAAAAAAUCAUCUUGGACUAUAUAACAAAGUACCUGGAAACAGCAGAACUGGACUAUUUAUAAUGAAAAUCUUAGAGUGACCUAACAAUUUUUUUUUUUUUUUUUUUUUUUUUUACUACUUCAGUGCAAUGUAAUAUAAUUUCAUUUUUGAAACAGUGUUGUGGAAUAUUAAGGGGUAAUUUUUUGCAAUUCAUUUGACUCUGAAGAUGACAGUAAGUCCUAUACUGAGGCCCUGAGGUCCAUCAGACCGGGACUUGUCCCUAGAGACUGUGGAGUGAUUUUAUCCUUUAAAUCCAACUGACCUGCCCCCUGACCUUGCAUAAGUCUACAACUCCCCACGGAGCAGUCUGUCCCAGGUUCUGUAGGUACUUCUUCAAGUUCUCAGUCUCAGAAAAGGUCAGAGGACAAAAAUUGUUCUUGUAUUAUUUUUCAUCAUGGUCUCCUUUAUUGCACUUGAUCCACUGAUGUUGAAGUAUCACUGACCCUUCACAGAAGGUCACAACAAAUGUUGCAACACUGUCAUACCUCCUUAGAAAGGAUUUUGUAUGAAUUUAGCUGUGUGCUUGAUUUCAUCUACACCAUUUUUUGACCAUGAUUUCUUGCCUCGUGUCCAGUGGUGGGCACAGUUCCGAUGAUCCGAUAAUCGAUAAUUAUCGAAGAUAAUGUUUUCAUUAUCGGAUUAUCUUUUCAGAUAACUUUGAAAACCAUUA